AUACUCAAUUCAACGCCAAUAUAUCAUGUUCAGAAAUAAUUACGACAAUGACUCAGUGACGUACUCCCCCACAGGAAGAUUGUUCCAGGUGGAGUAUGCCUUAGAGGCCAUCAAACAGGGCAGUGCCGCUGUUGGUCUUGUUUCUAAAAACCAUGUAGUGCUUGUUGCCCUCAAGAGAAAUGCUGAAGAAUUGGGAUCAUACCAAAAGAAAAUUAUCAAGGUAGAUGAUCACAUGGGUAUUGCAUUGGCUGGAUUGGCCCCAGAUGCCCGUGUGUUGUCAAACUACCUUCGUAAGCAAGCCAUGACCUCCAAAAUGAUUUUUAACAGACCGUUACUGACCUCCAAGGCCGUGUUCUCUAUUGCUGACAAGGCCCAAGAAAACACCCAAUCUUAUGGUUCUAGACCAUACGGUGUGGGAUUGUUGGUUGCAGGUUACGACGAGACCGGUGCUCAUCUCUACGAGUUCCAACCUUCUGGUUCUGUGUUGGAAUACUAUGGUGCUGCCAUUGGUGCCCGUUCCCAAGCUGCUAGAACCUACUUGGAACGUAAUUUGGAGACUGUUCGCGCAGUGGACUCCGUGGAAGAGUUGAUCGUGCAUGGUCUUAAUGCCUUGAGAGAUACCUUGGCGCAGGACGUGGAGCUUACUUUAAAGAACACAUCUGUCAGUAUAGUAGGAAAGGAUAUCGAUUUCACUACAUAUGAUGACGAAGACGUGCAACAAUGGUUGGACAAGUUGGAUACCGUUUCAAACACCAGAAAUAGAAGCUCUGGCGACGAUGAUGACGAAGACGCCGCUGCUGAAGUCGCCCAAACAGAUGCCACUUCAACUGCUCCUGAGACGACCGAAACUGCUGCUGAAGACAGAAUGGAAACCGACGAAUAGUUUAGAUGAAUAUAAAAUUAAAGUAGAGAGAAUUGUAGAAGC